AUGAGUUUUCCAAUCCUGGCGCCACACUUGUUGACACACCACUUGCUUCAGAGCGGAAAGAUUAACAUCGACCGAGCUGCUGCAGAGCGCUUCUGGCUGCACUGGAAGCAGGUAAAGGCGCCUUUUAUGGAAGGCUUCGAUUCAACGGAUUUUGUACCACUGGCCAUGUACGGUGAUGAGGCAGAGUAUACAAUAACGAAGGAGAAGAUCUUGGUAUUCUACAUCAGUUAUCCAGUUUUCGAAGGCUCCAAGACUGUAUUUGGAAGUCGGUUUCCAGUGUUCGCCAUCAGAUCUGAGCGUUUGUUUGGAUACGACACGAUCUGGCCAGUGUUUGAUUUCUUAACUUGGAGCAUGAACACGAUGUAUUCGGGAAUUUUCCCUGCAAAGAACCUGGCUGGUGAUGAUUUGUGCAGCUUGGGCCCAAACAUGAGGCCAAACGACCCAAUGUACGACGGUUACAAAUUUCGAUUAGUUGAACUUCGCGGCGAUUGGAAACACCAUGCCCACUGCUUCAAGUUGGUAAACCACUGGUCGUGCAACGACCUAUGUCACUGCUGCAAGGCGUCGAAGACAAAUCGGCUUUAUCCGUACACUGACUUUACACGUCAGCCACUGUGGCUGUCUUCAAUAAGGACCCAUGCUGAGUUUUUAGCAGGACAACUUAAUGAACCGAUCAAUUCACUGAUCUACACGGCGAGGUUUGACUAUAGGUUUAUUCGCUUUUGCUCGGUCCACACGAUACAGCUGGGGAUCGCUCAGUUUUGUCAUGGCGGCUGUUUUUUCGAGCUGUUCAAGGUUGGGUGGUUUGCUGGAGAUGACAAGGCUUCGAAGAUGAGACAUGGUUUCAUUCGUUUCAAAGAGUUUAUCCGGAAACACAAGAUUGAGUGUUCACAGCCCCCGUUCAAAAGCUAUAUGUACGUCACUGCGGGGGAGGAGUACUGUUACUUUGGAAGCAAAGCAUCCUGGCAUCAAGAUGGUUCAUGA